UGAUAAUAGUGGAUUUUAUACGGCUAUUGUGUUGUUCUUGCUUAUUUUAGCCGACUAUCUUUGCUGUUUGAGCAUGAUUCUUAGAGGAAGUGAUUUUCCAUUAGAUUGCCAAGUUAUUUUCUCUAAAGAAAAAAGGAGAUUCUCCCUAAAUUGCUUUUUGGGUCAUUUUGGCUAUGAGUUUAAUUACCAUCUGGGGUUGGAGAAAAAAAGUGUGAAAACUUCUACUGAAAAAUUUUCCUAGCAUUUGUCUCAGCAAAGGGAAAGCAGAAAUGGAUUUGUGGAUUGUUGCAGCAGCUACUGGUGCUGGAUAUGUAGCUAAGUACUGGAAGAAUCAAUCAAAAGAUGGGGAUAAUUCUUUAUCACAGUUAUCCUUUGGGGAAUCCAAUUUGGUAAGUCCUCAAUAUUCGAAUCAUUUUCUCAACAAAUUUUCACUAAGGAAGAAACCAUAUGAAGAUGUUUUUGGCCAUGGAAGUAUGGAAGAAACAUCUUCAGUUGCAGAGUUGGGACUUUUUGGAAGCCACCAAGAUUCCAAUGGCAAUGAACUGUCUACAACAAAUAUGACUUUGAAAUCCUGGAUCAGUGAGAACUCUAAAGAACAUAUUGGAGAAAGCAGCAAAAGCAAUAACAUUGGAACCUUAGUUUGUAGUUCUUCAAGAAACAGAAGCACAACUAAAGCUAAAUUCUCAGAUGGGGUUCUUGUUAAACCUCUGAAUUUUGUAGAAGAUUGUCUUCUAGCUCAUGAGAGUUCCUUAAAUCCAUGUAUUGCUGUGGAACUGGAGGAAAAUAAGCUGUUCAAGGGAUCCCACUUAGAUGCUAAUGAAAGUUUAUGUGGGGUUUCUCAACUGCCAUUUGAGUCUUUGAAGAUCUCUGAUAUAGUUAUUAAUAAGACAGGAAAGGAAUGGGAAAGAAAGUCAAGAAGUUUCAGCAAAAUGGCUAAUGGGGAACACUUUUCUUCCAAAGGUGUCGCGGAUGAAUCGUUUUUAUUAUAUUUUGGAGUCUUCAUUGGUGUGAUCUUUUCUUUCAUGUCUAAUAAAAGGGAAGUUCACAAUUUGAAAGAAUUGCUAAAGCAGACCGAGUACUUGGUUCAUGAUCUUCAAGAGGAACUUGAAAUGAAGGAUUCAUUGAAGCUGAAGGAGCUCAGUAAUGAUAAUUGUGAAUCGUACACUUAUAGUAAUAAUGUCUUCUCUGAGAAAACAGGAGAUGGAUCUUCUCCACAACAUGUCAUGGAUUACACAAUAAACUUCAAUGCUGAAGAACUAUAUGAACAUAAGGCAGAGGAGAGUUCAGAAUCAAUGAGCAGAAUCGAAGCCGAACUGGAAGCAGAACUCGAGAGGUUAGGAUUAAAUGUAAGCAUCGACUGCACGGCGAGAUAUUACGAGGAAGAGGAGGAGCUUGAUCCGGAAUUUGAAGAAGAUUUUGCUGAAGGUGAAUUGAGGAAUGAGAUGAUUAUUGAAGAAAGUUGUGGUUGGACUAAGCCAAAUGAAGAGGAAAGCAACUCAACAGUUCAUUCUGGAAACUAUACAGUGUCACCAAGGGAACUGAGCUUGCGUUUACACGAUGUUAUUCAGUCAAGGCUUGAAGCACGUAUCAAAGAACUUGAGAAUGCUCUUCAAAAUAACCACAAGAAGCUGCAGAAAAUUGAUACACAAUAUAGGAGUUCUUGGCUUGAAGUAGACGACGACGACUUGGAGUUUACUUCUAAUACACGAAUAUAAAAGCAAAAAAUGGUACCAUUGAUAAGUUCUGUUGAGUUUGGAAGAAGGGUGGUUUUUACCAACUGCUGAAUUCUAGUGAUGCUUUUACAAUGGAACUCUCACAUCUUGUUAUGAUGUUUUUUGAAGAGUUUCGUUAAGUCAAUAAACUAAAUACUAACAAAGUCUUCAUCAAGAAUAGAGAACACCAUUCUAAAAUGGAGAUUAACGGAAACGAAAACAAUCAUAUGUACUAUUUGAGAGAUGAAUGAACAACAAAAUUGCACCAGUGAUUAGUAAAA